AAUGUAUACAUACAUAUAUAACAUAUAUGAACACUGUGAGGAUAAUUCCGUCAAUGAAAUAGCAGUAUUAUUGAGGUUUUGUUUUUUGUUUUUUCACCUCAGUACUGCAGAGCAAAACAGUAGUAACAUUGUGUUUUUAGCGCCAAUGUUGCACACAGAAAUGUAACGGUAUUACUGAGAGAUGGAAGCCAAUCAAAGUCAAAGGUUCACGUUAAUGUUCUGUUGUUUACCUUCUCCUCUUGCACAAGCUGCAUCGCCCCCAACUGGACAAUGGAAAAUCCUACAUCAACAUGUCUGAUCUAGGCUGGUCACAUGGUCACAUACGAACCGCACCAAACAUCUGAUUCAAUUAGAGCGUGACCAUGACAGGGAAGAGGAGGUAGAGUAUUCCCAGGCACGUGUUUUCAAGUUUAUUUCAGACAAAUGGUUUGCAGCACAGUUUUUAGAAUACUGCACUUUUGUGCAGACUUUCAGUUUCUCUCGCAGUAACUUCAGGAUCACAGAUCUGAGCUUGGUGGUGCUUCUUUGUGAUUCUUGCCAAAAAAGAUCUAUUUCAGAUAUGGUGAGACAAUAUAAAGAUAAAUGUUAAAAAAAUAUAAAGAGAGAGUCAUCACUAUCAGUUUACCUACUAUAAUUAUAAUAUUAGAUAUGAACUUUUUUUAAAUUGAUUUCACUCGUGUAACUUGUACUGCUGCAAGUUGUAGUAAAUAUAUUAUGGUGCAUUUGUUAAGUCAUUUCCUUCCCCAAAACGAUACAGCUCUACAUACUACAAUACUACUACAAUACCAAGCUAUCGCUUAAGUAAAUCCAGUUGUUAAGGGGUUAAAUAGGGUGGAAACGAGCUAAGACCUGUGUCAAGGAACUUUUAUAAACAUACACAGAGGAAAGCCCGGAAAUUGGUAACGAUUUGGUUUAAAAAGGCAUUAAUUGCAUAUUCACGACAGAUGGAUAGAUAUACAUCAGUAAUGUAAUAUUAGCUCUCCUGGCUCAUUGGUGUGGGUUUAAAAUCUUGUUAAAAGUAAUAGUUGUAAAUAAGGAAGGAUUUAAUGUACAUUAUUUUACACAAUUGCUUUUACAAUACACAAUUUUACACACCUCGCGGUAUCACUGCUUUUAUUUUGAAAGUCUCCGUCACGUAACACUUCCGGUGACGCCGCUGCUAUUGACUGCUCAGCAGGAUCAUCUACAGAAGCCUUAGCCCAACAACUGCUGCUGCUGCUGCUGGUGCUGCUGCUACAGCCUGCAGGGUUUGGGCCGAGGCGGUGUUUGCGUCCUCCUGCUGGAUCUAGGAAUUCUUCCGUGGCUGUUUUGUUUUCUUUUCCUGGUACAUGUGAAGGCAGGAAAAUAAACCAGCGUGCAGGAACGUGACAUGCGCUGCACCUGGCGCAGUCGCUGCGCUGACCGCUGUCAGACUUGUGUUGACCGGUACCGUAGGUUUACAUUUCCAUUCUAAAGAUCUAACGGCGUCUGUGAUAUUCCUGGAUCAUAUUCCGCGUAGGAUACGAGCAGUAAAUGCCCGGAGGUGCGACGGGAGAAUGCUGCACGAUGGCUGUUUGGCUGCAGGUGGAUGGCCAACCUGACGGUCCCAGCUGCCGUUCUGCCGUCUCUGCCGCUGCCGACGCCGCAGCACGGCAUCGCUGGGUUCUCAGCACCGAGUAAAAACCAACACAAAGCCCGAAGGCACUGCAGCAAAGCAGAGCCAUGCUCCCCGGGGUCGGCGUGUUCGGCACUAGCCUAACAGCCAGAGUGAUCAUCCCGCUGCUGAAGAAUGAGGGCUUCGCCGUCAAAGCGCUGUGGGGCCGCACUCAGGAGGAGGCGGAGGAGCUGGCCAAGGAGAUGAACGUUCCCUUCUACACUAACCGCAUCGACGAUGUGCUGCUGCACCAGGACGUGGACCUGGUCUGCAUCAACCUGCCGCCGCCUCUCACCAGACAGAUCGCCGUCAAAACACUCGGAAUCGGUAAGAACGUUAUCUGUGACAGAACGGCCACGCCACUGGAUGCCUUCAGGAUGAUGUCAGCAGCCCAGUACUACCCCAAGUUGCUGAGCAUUAUGGGAAAUGUGCUGCGUUUCUUGCCGGCCUUUGUACGAAUGAAGGAGCUCUUGGAGGAAGGUUACAUCGGGGAGCUUCUGGUCUGUGAGGCGCAGGUCCACAGUGGCAGUCUCCUGGGGAAGAAGUACAACUGGAGCUGUGAUGACCUGAUGGGAGGUGGCGGUCUGCACUCAGUUGGUAGCUACAUCAUCGACCUGCUGACUUUUCUGACAGGUCAACGUGCGGCGAAAGUCCACGGCUUUCUUAAGACGUUUGUCAAACAGACAGACCACAUCCGGGGGAUUCGCCAGAUCACCAGUGACGACUUCUGCACGUUCCAGAUGGUACUGGAAGGUGGCGCCUGCUGCACCGUGACGCUGAACUUUAACGUGCCGGGAGAGUUCCGUCAGGAAGUGAUAGUUGUCGGAACCGUGGGGCGGUUGAUGGUCACAGGCACGGACCUGUACGGACAGAAGAACAGCGGGGGUGGGGGGAGCAGCGGCGGUCCUGAACUCCUGCUCAAAGACACCACCCCUUUAGAAAAGGCCUCUUUACCAGACAAGGCCUUCAGUGACAUUCCCGCCCCGUAUCUCACCGGGACCAUUCGCAUGAUCCAAGCCGUACGUCAAGCCUUUCAGGACCAGGACGAUCGGCGGACGUGGGACGGGAGGCCCCUGACCAUGGCUGCCACCUUUGAAGACUGUCUGUACGCUCUGUGCGUGGUGGACACCAUAAAGAAGUCCAACCAGUCUGGAGAAUGGCAGAACAUUGUGGUGAUGACAGAGGAACCAGAGGUCAGCCCGGCGUAUUUAAUCAGCGAGGCCAUGCGGCGUAGUAGGAUGUCACUCUACUGUUAGCUCCUGGCUGGAGAUCAAUGAAGGACGGUCAAGUCCGUGUGGUUAUCAUCCACGAGAGCCAUGGCUUUCUGUCGCCUGCCUUUACAGCAGUGUGACGAUCAUCAAUCCUUUAUUUACAAAGGAGACUUUCCCAGUUUUUUUCCCCCUUUUGACGGACGACUGCGGACGCUCUGAGGAGAAAUACUCGUAAAUCAAACAAGGAUGAAAAACAGCCGUGCCGCACAGACAGGGGCUCCAGGAGGAGAACCAAGGAGUCUGUGCUGCGACCAGCCCUGCCCUGGUACGUGACUGGUCCUGGUAUUCAACACCUUACACUGUGGGUCCCAACAUGUGGGUCAGCCAAGGAAGAACGACAGUCUCCUCUCUGUAAACUGUGCCGUUUUAUCUUUGCUAUAGUUUCACCAAGUGAAGGUCAUAGAAAAAGAGCAGCGGGCUUGACGGCUUCAGUUCGUCUUCUCUCUAUGCUUCCUCUGUACGCACGAAACAAGAGAUGGAAAAAAAAAGUAUCAAUAGUUUGGCUCAUGGGCUGUGGCAGAGGUUUAAACUCUGGUUUAUUUAUGCAAGGCUGUAACAGAAAAACAGCUGCAGAAAAUUGCUGCUCCUCCAGC